GGGUGGAGCUUCUUAUAUAAAGACUAAAGUCAGCAGGAAGGGAUCGGCACAACUCCAGAUCAGAGACUUUAAGGUAUCUUCACCUCUAUUGAAGCCAACGAGCAGAAGAUAGAAAAUAUGUCAGGCGGUCAGAAAUCAAAUUCCUGCCAGGCUCCAGGAGGCUCAGUGAUUUGUUCCCAUUGUGAACACAGUUUUCUUUCUGUUGUCAACUUUAAUUGGGAGACAGAUGGCAAGUUGGAUUUCCAAUUAAAACUAUUUAAAAAGACUGACGAUGGGUCACCACCCUUUGUCAGUCAGGGAUUCACCUAUGAACAACAGAAUGUUUCAGUUGCUUCUGCAGGACAAUGUGGAACAACGUUGCACAGUGAAGUGUCCAGAUUGUGAAAAGAUGUUUGAGCUGCACAUUCACUUUACUAGAAUGGUUAAUGAGAACAAAWUAAAACUUAAACUGUCCAUUACAACCUGUGUGGUUGUAAAGGAGAAAAUGGGGAAACAAAACAAAGGAGAAACGGACACAACAGAAAAACCAGGCUUAGGCUUCCCUGCACUACUCAUAGUGAAGGUUUUCUAUAAUAGCUCCGGUGAGACAUUUCRUGGUGAUSAUCAAGUAAAGGAMCAACUGAAGAUGGACAGACAGCGGACAYUUAAUAUCCAGGAGACAAACCUGAAAGAAUCUGACAUCAUCAUUUUCUUCUGUCCAAUCACAUCCCGCGUUGGAUCAGACGUGGAAUCAUCCAUGAGAGACGAAACRGUGUCAUCAUUGAAUAAACCAGUCAUCUUGGUUCUGAUGCAUCACACCAGAGACUUUGACUAUUCAACUGCUGGAACAAUCUGGUCUGAGGUUUAUCCAAAUGUUGUGCUUGAUGUUCACCUUCUGUUCCAUGAGACUAAACCAGGAUUACUGGAAUGCAGACAAAAUCAGGAGGCUUUCAAGAUGAUUAAAAAAGAGCUAAAUAAACGUUCAAAACCAAUCAUUGGAACGUUAACACGUCUUCAGAGUCAUUGAGAACAUUACGAAACAGGAAAUAUCCAGUUAGCAGCAGUUAUCGAGGGAGAAAUGCUCCGUAAAUGUCUGCAGGAGAAUGAAUAGACUGAUUCAAGAUGAUUGAAAUUAAGCAGCAGCUCUAUAACUACUUGUUAUAACCCAGAUAUGUCUGACAUCCUGUUUCUGAACACGCAACAUGUUGAAUCAUAAAACAAAUGAACUACAGCAGCAGAAGAGGAAACUCCUAUCAGCCCAGAAUCGGAAGCAAACAGGGCAGUGAUUACUGACCAUGAAUGGAUGGACUGACCAUGUCCGUCCCCUUAUCACAGAUCACCCAAACUCUGACAGCUACUUCCAAAAGCGUAAUGGCGCUACGCUACAAAUUUUAAAUAAUUUAUUUAAAGCAUGCAUUUGUAAUUUUUGAUGUAUUUCUAAAAUUGUACAAAAAAGGCUUAAAUAAACCAAAAAUCUGCAGAAUGUGCCAAUUUUUUUUCCCAAAUAUUCGAUUCAUCAUCAGAAUUAUUGAUAGACUAAUUGACUACUAACAUAGUCAGCUUAUGUGAUUGGUUUCCAGCCAAUAAAUCUGCAUCACCAUUUGCUGCUCAUAUCAGUAUGGACCAAAAUCCUUCCUUGUCUAUACUCACUUAUUCAUUAUCUGGAUCAUGUAGGCAUCGACUGGCUAUUUCCUGUUGAGCUCAGCUUCACAGGGCAACGCAGAGAUGCUAAACACAAACAUCCAUGCAUGAACUUAUUACUUGGUCUGAUCCAGUUUGUUGCUGCUUAACCCAUGUGUACUUUGUAAAUUUAAUAAAAUGUUUUCAUAAAAAGAAUAUCACUAUUA